GGGACGUGACUUUUGACACUUCCCAGUUCUGACAUCUGAGGUUAUGUGCCUCACAUUUUUUCCAAAUUAAUAAGAAAAUUAGCCUUUUAGAAUGUCGAAAGUAGCCGCUCGAAUGAAAACCUUGAAAAAGGUUGUCGAAAAGGUGAAACACGGCAACUUGCGGACUAAUAUUCCCGCGGGAAUGGCCGCUGCCGGGCCCCCAUUGGGGCCCAUGUUGGGCCAAAGAGGUAUCAAUAUUGCCGCGUUUUGUAAAGAUUUUAACGAAAAAACCAAAGACAUUAAAGAAGGAAUUCCGCUCCCAACCAGAGUUACAGUGAACCCGGACCGGAGUUACGAGCUUGUGAUUAACAAACCCCCGGUUGUAUUUUUCCUAAAGCAAGCCGCUGGUAUACAACGAGCGGCAAUGGAGCCAGGCAAAGAAAUUGCGGGUAAAGUGACUUUGAAGCACGUUUACGAAAUCGCAAAAUUAAAAAGUGUAGACCCGACUUUAGAAACGAGAAGUCUGGACGAUUUGUGCCAAAUGGUUUGUGGGAUUGCCAGGUCUUGCGGUAUUGAAGUCGUGCGGGACUUGGACCCUGAAGAAUACGGUAAAUUUCUCGCCGAAAGGAAGGAAAUAGUGGAACAACAAAAGAAAGAACUGCAAGAGAAAAAGGAGGCUAAAAUGUUGCGGACCGGCUAGUCGGCCCGUUUUGUUAUUUUUCGUAGACUGUUGUGUACUUUUACAAAUAUAAUUAUUUAAAAAAACUACGUGUUUGUUGUAAAAAUCGAGUUCUGGUUUGGUUAUGAAAAUACAACCUACAAUUUUGACAUUUGCCGCAUGUUGGCCAAUCAAGAAACAAAAAAUUUGAUACAAAAAACAACGUUGGGACACCUCUGACUCAAUAAAUUGAUCAGAAGACUCGAAUUUUUUACUACUCGUACUUCUUACGCAGUUAUUAAUUUAUUUGGACCGAUGUUUGCCAAAUAAAAUUAAAUCAUUUUGAGUCGUCACGUUGUCGCCCUGGGUAUUUAUUUUGACACUUUCAAAGGGGUUUAGGAUGUCUUUUGGCAAGAGAUUUAUUCGCUUUUGUAACGAAAAUGUGGUCCUGAUUGCGGGAGUUGGGAUAAUAAUAAGUAUCCACUGGACUUGGAAUAGGUUACAGAAUAUACCAACACUGGUGGACCCCUCCGAGAAGAAGGAAAUGCCCGUUAUUCUUGCUGCAAGAUACUUGAAACGGAAAAGUGUGGAGAAAUAUCACGAAUUGACAGGGACUGAGCCAAAAGAGCAAUGAUUUUGCCACAAAUUCAAGCUUAAAAGUGUAAAUAUUAAUAGAAAAUGUAAAUAAAUUAAGUCUUUCAAA